UUGCACACGUGGUGGCACGGACACCGUGGUACUCCCGAGAUAACCCUGUAAACCCUGGACUUGGUGGACUUGGACUUUUCUGCUCCGGACCACUCCGGUACGGUUGUACAUUGUACGUGUUUCUUCCAAGUCGUGUUACGGAUUUUGGCUAUCGAACCAUUAUUGAAUUCAACACUUGGCCCAAGAAAUUCAUAACAUUUUUGCUUCAUAAACAUAAAAUACCAGAAAGAUGUCAACUAGUACAGUGCCAUGCGGUGUACUGAAUAGAGAAAAGAUAUGGCUUGAUAAGCCAUUCUACGACAGAGCAGAGCGAAAUUAUUAUGAGAAAAGAGCCAAGCUUGGAACAUGUUUCAAGGUGGUGUCUCGUAAAAUUGCGGGAGGCUGUACGCUUAAGUCUGACAAUUCUAUAACUGACAAGUGCCAAGAUUUAAUCAAUACUAAUACUUUAAAAUCUAAGGCUGAAAAAUCUAAAGACAACAAGUUAGCUCAUGAGUCAAAUGAGUUAAAUGUGAAACGUUCCAAAUGCCGAGCCAAAAACUUAAAAGUUAAUAAAGAUACCGCGGAUGUGUGCAACAUGCAGAAUAAAGAAAAUAUAAAGACAAGCGAAAAAUUUGAUAGCGUGAGGGAUAACAUAAAGGAAAAGGAGAAUACCUCUCCGAGCGAGAAAUCGAAAAAAUAUAAUGCGAAAGAAGCUAAAGAGAAACGGAACAAGGAAGAUACGAGAAAUAAAAAUAGGGAAAACGAAAGAAAUGAUGUUGGGGGAAAUAAAGAAAUUGCAGUGCCAUUCACGAGGAAUAAAGAACAAUUGCCCGUUCAGGCAACUCAACCGUCACCUCGUUCAUUCUUGCCCACCUUGCCUCCUGUUGGAAGUUUGGCCGAUGAGGUUGCGAAGGCUCGGCAGCAUAUUAAACAAUCCUUACAGUGUAUGGAUGAUAUUGCUCAUAUCGCAAAUCAUGAUGUUACACCUCGUGUCGACAGUCUUGAAAAGAAAAAUCAGGCUUUGCAGAACAUUAUUCAAGACCUGAAAAACACUGUUGAAAAAUUGACGGCUCGUGUGAAAACUGUCGAAACUUUGGAACAACGUGUGGAAAGCCUCGAGGCACGCAUACCUUAUAUAGCAAUUUGUCCUGCGAAACCUGAAGAACUAGAGCAAAAGCAGAAGCAGAGCAAAGAAAAGAAAAAUGAAGAUGACGAAGAUAUUGAUCUAUUUGAUUCCGAUUCAGAGGGAGAAGAUGCGGAAGCUGCCAAAAUUAGAGAAGAACGACUUGCCGCGUAUGCUGCUAAGAAAUCUAAAAAACCAACCUUAAUAGCUAAAUCAAAUAUCAUCCUGGAUGUGAAACCGUGGUCCGAUGAAACGGACAUGAAAGAGAUGGAAAAGGAGGUACGAAAGAUCGAGACUGAUGGUCUUCUUUGGGGAGCUUCUAAACUCGUACCUCUCGCCUUUGGAAUUCACAAGCUACAAAUCUCGUGCGUCGUGGAAGACGAUAAAGUGUCAAUAGAUUGGUUAACGGAGCAGAUCCAAGAACUCGAAGAGUAUGUGCAAAGCGUCGAUAUUGCAGCUUUCAAUAAAGUAUAAAGAAACUAGAGCCAAAUUAUAAAAAGUGCAUGGUGAUAUAGUUGAAAAGCAUGGGUCUAUAUGUGCCAUUUCUGCAUUCCAUUAGCAGUAUCUAUAAUCGAAAACUAUUCAUAUGCGCGUUUUUUCAUUAAAAGUAAAAAAAUAAAGAUUCUAAAAUUA